ACUGGAAUAGUGUGGCGCCGUGUCAUAUCUUAAAAAAAUCAGUACACGUUCAAGGCAACCGGGGAAGGUGUUACAUAAGGAGUAACAGGAACCGUGCAGGCUGGUCUGUAAAGAGCAGCGCAUUUAACUAUUUGCCGAGGACCAAGACAGGCAGUUUCAAAUCAGCUGCAUUGCGUGGACUACAGAACAUCUAUUGGGAUAGCUCUGGCGCACCCUGCCAUAUACUGUUACAGCCUUGUGAAGUUGCCCUGGUUUGUGACAGACGUGUGAGAAGCCAGCCAGGUGUUAACUUCAGACAUACUUUGAAGCAGGGAAGCUGUUGUGGUGGUCGAAUUGCUGAGCAAGAAAAGGGCUGUUGUGUGCACAUCAUGAUGCUAAAGCUGGUGAUGCUGAGUCUGGCUUGGCUUAGUGAAGGAAGAAAGAUUGAAGCCAGUUUGUUAAAAGCACAAGACGCAGCUUUGCUGCCUCCAAAACCCCAGAUUGACCGCUGCCGCUCGGCCGACAUGGAAACUUUCACCUGCUGGUGGAGCACAGCGGAUGAUGACACAGGGGAUUCCAGAAACAUCAACUACACUCUGACCUACACUGUGGGAUUUGAGCCAAAGCGAGAAUGCCCAGACUACACCACUGGGGGUAAUAACAGCUGUUACUUUGAUGCCGAUAACACGCAGGUUUGGGUGGUCUACUGCCUGAAUGUCACUGCACGGAACCAGUAUGGGUCACAGACUUCAGAUGAGCACUGCCUGGAUGUUGUAGACAUAGUUGAGCCAGACCCGCCCACUAACAUGACGUACUCGUUUACAAACAGCAGCCACGGUGGUAGUGGCCAGACUGUGCUUGUGUCCUGGCUUGCCCCCGAGACGGUGGACGUGGAGAGCUGGCUCACGCUGGUUUACGAGCUGCAGUUCCGACGGAAAUCAGAGCACCACUGGAAGGUAAAAGGUAUUCUGCGGGAGCCCAAGAUAGAAUUGCUGGACUUUCCAGAAGGGAGCUACAUUGUCAGAGUCAGAUGUAAAUCCAAGAAUUCUGGGCACUGGAGUAAAUGGAGCAAACCCAUGACAUUGAACAUUUCACUAGAGAAAUCUCCAGAUCUGAUGCUGGCAUUGAUCCUAGUAACCGGAGUCAGCAUUAUGGCUUUCUUGAUAAUUGGCUUUGGCAUUUUACCUCAAAGAAAAAGGAUUAAAGCUUUUCUCCUGCCUCCCAUUCCUAAACCAAAAAUCAAUGGGAUUGAUCCUCUUCUUUUGAAGAGGGGCAAAAUGGAUGAAAUCAAUCGACUCUUCACUUCAUUCUCCGGAUACAUCACUUCUCAGUAUGCAGAGGAAUCAUGGCUGGAGGUCAGUGUGGACAGGAGCGUUUCAUCCAAAGACAGCCUAGUGGAGGACAGUGGGAAGCCUCACAGUACACAGUGCCCCAUUGAUCUUGUCAAGAAGGUGGUAGAAACGAUGGAGGAACGAAUGUACAUUCUGGAGCUGGACAGAAACCAGCUGAGUCUAAAAGAAAGCAUGAAUCCAAAUGAGAACAUCACUUGGAGUUCUGAAAACAAAAUCAACAUGGAGAAAUCGUUUGAAGCUAUAACAGGCCCCGGGGGGGAAUACAGCGUCGCCAACAGCCCAACAAGAGCACCAGGCAGUCACGAUUUCUAUACUUGUGUGAACAGAGUGAGCUGCAGUGGGGCUGUGCAGCUUGCUCCCUGUUUACCAGACUUUGGACAUAAACCCGUCUUCUUGGAACUCAAAGAUUCAAAAGGCACCACGGGAAAACCCAAGCAUCAGAAUUCAGCCAUUUGCAGCCCAAAAAGCACAGCCAGCCAAAAUGAUCCUUUUCCACACCAGAUGAAGCUGCCUGAUGCUAAGGGUGAUUUCAGUGAGCGGGGGGAUUGUGGAAACUUAAGCUACACAACGGUGGAGGCCCUACGUCUUCAUCAGGAUGAUGCACCUGCGACUAGAGAAGAGGAGGGGAAAUGUCCUUUCGGCUUCAGCCGGAACAAGGAAUAUUUGUGUUUGGAUCAGAAUGACCCGCAGCCGCUUUACUGACGUGUCACAUCUCAGUGAAGUAAGCCAUGGUCCGAGAGUCUUUCAUAAGGAUAUCCCUUAUGAAUUGAAUUGGUUCACUGGUUGGAGGCAGGUCUUGGCCUGAGGGAGGGAGGCGGGUGUUUCUGGUGAAAAAAAUUUAAAAAAGAAAGAAAGAAAGAAAUGGCUGUUUUUAAGCCACAGCUGGUGCCCGGAUUGUGCUUUCUGGUUUCCCUCGUUCUUCAAUUUCGAGUCUAAUUUUGGAAUCCACAAACAAACCGAUCCAUUCAUGUACAUAGCUCGGUCCAAUACCAUUGUGGUUUUCUGCACACCACAGAAAGACUUUUUUUUCUUUAAAAAUUAUAUUUUGUAUGAAAGCCAUAUUAUAAAAAUAUAAAGCCAGCUAUCCUUCUGAAAGAACUUCUGAGAUUAGAAAAGAAAAACUACAGCAAAAAAAAAUACAAUUUAAAAAGAGAACUCCCAAACCAGAACACCAAUAAAUAAGUUCUUAUUGCUAAAGUAAAGGCAUUUAAAAUAACAAUAGUAUACAAGCCUUUGAAACAUGUCUUGCCUCUCAUUAGCAUAACUACACAAACAAGUCCCUAUCAUUUUGAUGUGGAAAGCUUAUAUUCACGUGAAACGCAAUCCUGUCCCAGCACUGUAAGUCACUUCUAGUGCAGAGGCGGUUAGGAUGACCCCAGAACCUCAUGCUCACCUUUCAUAACCAGCAGAUGACACUGAGGUGGGGUCCCAUAAUCUGUAACAUAAAAAAUGAAGUGAGACAUUUCUAGCACUGUCAGACCUACUCUGUUAUAAUGUAAUAAUUGGGACAUGUAUAUAUAUAUAUAUAUAUAU